AAAUGGGGGUGGGAAUGCAAUAUGAGAUGUUCCCAGCAUAUGAUGUUGACAUUUGAUUGGUUGAUUCGUUGAAGAAUUGGAUUCAGCAACUGUGUGAUGUCACCAGACACCAGCAAUUGCAUAUAUUGUUUGCCUGCAAUGAUGAGCACAUAGCAUUCACACGAUAGUUAAGUUCUAAUCAAGACAACCUUUUGCAUGGGGAGAAGAGAGUUCCAGAUCAUUUUGGUUAGCCAUGUUGUCCACUUCAUAUUAGUGAUUUAGUGGCAAGCAACCAUUGUGCAUUUUCCACAUUUUUAGAGUCUGGAAGUUCUGUUAAGACAUGAACAUCUUGCGUGUAGACAAACCCGGUGUCUACUUCAAGACUUCAACACUAUUAUGGUUUGACUUAGAUUUUCCUAAGUUGCUAGACAGUUGCUCUACAUGGAACCAGAUGGGUAAUAAAGCAUGCAGAAGCUUCUAGUUGAACUUUCUUCAGUAUCGUAUAUGUAUGGUGUAUUAUCUUGUUGAAUGUCAAUCAACUUCAGGCAUCACUCUUGACAAUGUAAUGGAUUUGAAAAAUGUUGUCUGUUGUUUUGUUAGUUCUGAUUGGAGGUCAUUGAUUCGUUUCUCCCACGAAUUCUCUUCACCACUAAGCCCCUAGGACUUCAUUUUAGUAGAACUGAAACACUGUCCAGAUGCUACCAAUGGUGAGAUCAAGAGGUUUCUUAUUGCUACUUUAGAGAUGUGGUGAGGAGCUUUGAGUAGAUAUAUUCUGUUGCAAGAGAACUUCUAGGUCUCAAAUCCAAUUGUUUCAGUUUAAUUGAGCAGCAACUGGCAAAUAUGGUAACUUCUCAUGUUUCUGAAACACUUAGGCUAAAUGGUCUAUUUCAGUUGUGUCAUUGAAUUCCAAGUGGCCUGUGAGCUGUUACCAAGUUGUGAAGCUAUGGUCUCUCUCAGCUCGCAUCAGCCAUGAUGCAGAAUAAGAUGAAGCCAAUGAUGCCAAUUUAUUCAUCUUUCUUCAGCAAUUUGACAGUUGCUUGUGCCACUGUUGCUAUCCAAGAGCUAGUAGUAAAAGAUUUAUUCUUUCUACAUUUUUGUGUUUACUUUGGCCUCUUUAGAUAGUUCAUUCAUUUCUAUUUGCCAUUCAGAUUGUGGUUCCACUGCUUUCUGGUGCUCUGUUUGUGGCUAAGGUUGUAGCGGUUAACAUUUAGGAUCAGCUGAUGUCAGCAUGCAACUAAAGGCUCAAGAUUAACAUUUCAUUUGAGUUAGUAUUUGUUUUUGGGAUAAAUUGUCUUCACACUGCUCUGUGGGGCAAUUCUGAUUGUCCACUAGGACCACUACUGCCGUAUUAGUUCUGCUUGCUCCAGUAACAUCAGAGCUAAGCUCCUGUCAGAUGGAUCUGUUUCUGGUUUGUACUUGUUUCCUCUGGCCUUAGUGAACUAAUCAGUUAUGGGUGAUUUGCGGAUGAUAUGAAAAGUUAAAGUGGAUUAGUUGAUGGUUUAUAGUUGGUAAUUGCUGUUAACAAGUAUUAGUUGAUGCAAUGAUGGCUUAGUUAAAAUGGGGGGCAAGUAUGCGGUAAUUGAUUGAAAUUAAAGCUGCAAACAAUUACCAAAGUUUUAAUUGGAAAUUUCUCUAUAGACUUUCUUCCAGCCACCAUUCUUCCAAGUAACUAUCACUUUGGCAGCAUGUUUGAGCAGCUGAAGCUGACUGUAUUUUUAUGGCUUUUUUCUUCAAUAAGAAUUUGGUCGAAGUUGAAGAGAUUACUGAGGCUCUGAAGCUGGUUAAAGUGGUGUAGAUUAGUUAACUCAAAGAGAAUAUACAGUUUUUGUGGUUGCGUGGUUUGUGUUGUUGAUCCUCUGAUCACACAGAACAAGAGUUGAGGUAACAUAACUGUCUUAACAUGUCAGAUGAUGGGAAUCUGUAAUGUUGUACAUCCUUCAAUACAAGUUAUGCUGGAAAGAGAUACACACCGUCCUCGUGGAUUUGGGUUUUUAACAUUUGGAGAUCGCAGAGCAAUGGAUGAUGCUAUAAGAGAAAUGCAUGGUAGGGAGUUAGGUGGGCGGACGAUCUCAGUGAACAAGGCCCAACCGAGGAUGGGGGGAGAUGGUAUAGAUGGUGGCUAUGGCGAAGUUUACUCAUCUGGUGGUAGGGAAAGCUAUGGUCGCGGUUACUCAUCUGGUGGUAGGGAUGGUGGACCGGAUAGGUCAGCAGGGCAGGAUAACUGCUUCAGGUGUGGUCGCCCAGGUCACUGGGCCCGAGACUGCCCAGUAGAAGGUGGUGGUCGAGGCGGCCGUCCCAUGACACCCCCUCCGCGCUCUAGGUUUGGUGGAGCUGGUGCCCGGGGGGAUCGCUUUGGUAGUGAUCGUGAUAGAUACUUGGAUGAUCGAUAUGACAGAGGGCACUAUGCUGAUAGGGAUAGAAUUGACAGUAGAGAUGAUCGCUAUGGAAGCCGUGAUCGGUAUGUCAGUGACAGGUAUCCCCCAAGUGGAGAUCGGUUUGCAGGCAAUAGAUAUGGAGGUCCUGAUCGUUUCCCACAAAAUGGCUAUGGCAAAGAGAGAGGAGGCGGCUAUGGCCGGGAUGGAGGAGGCCCAAGAGUUGGUGGUGGUGACAGAUAUGGAGCUGGAGUUGGAGGGCCUUCCCGAUACGAGGGUGGAAGAAGCUACCGAGACAGGGCAGGACCUUAUGACCGCCCUCGAAGGGGCGGCCAUUCCCCCUCCUUUGACCGCUACUGAAGGCUUUAAUUUAAUGUUCAUGUUUUGACUAUUUUUUUAUUAGAUUUAUGAGAUAAUACCCAAGUUUAAUUUUCUUGACCAUCUGCUUUGUGGAUACUUGGUAGUCAAAAUGUGAAUGCCUUAUCAUGACUUAAAAGUAGUGUUGUGAGAUUAGUUAAUGCCUAAUUUUGGUGUUUUAACAUUUUUU